CGCUGAAGUACAUGCUGGCACAGCUACGAGCGGGCCAGAAGGCCAUAACUGGUGACAAUAUGAGCGAUUGUAUUGAGCGUGCGAUUUCAGUGCAGGUUUAGUAUAUCGGAAGUGAUGUUUUGAUGGUGUGUAAGUGUGUAAAUGAUUUUGCAACAUACAUCCGUCGGUUUUCUGACGUGUUUUACAUUCGCCAUGUGCUUUCUCUUACGCAACACAUGGCUACCCCGCAUUUUGCCUAAGGAAACGGCAACUAAAUCCGGGUUAGAGUGUUGGGGAGCGUCUCGUGAUUUGACAGCCAUCUGCCGCACCAAUUACUCUACUGUUACACCGAAAUUCCAUGGUAUCUUAUUCACCCUGUCUUCGUAGUAGAAUUAUGCUCAUUGGCUGAAAAAUGCACCCAAAACUUAAACCGCGGUUUAAGCGGCUGCGGUGAGCUACAUGUGCUGUCUUCAACGCCUGGUUAGGAAUGACGUACGUACGCCUUCAGGUAACCGACGGUAGCUCGGUUACUCUCGGUAAUUUCUGUUGCGUGGCGUAACGAUUUCUUAUUAGUCGUGAUCAAUACGAUUUGUGCUCUUUUUGCACGUAGAAAUUUGCACUAUUCAUGAGUAGACGCGUUUUUAUAGAUUUUUUCAUUUAACGCGUCGCGUCGCGUUUGUCCGUGAAGGUAAGCCGAUUCAAUAUUAACGAAUUGUUGUGUCGACACAACAAAUAACUAGAGCAAUCCCGGGUAAUUGAACACAAAUCACUUUAUUGUUUUACAGUACUGCAUCAUUUGUGUUAUUUUUUUAUUUUCAAUUUAUUUUUUUUUUAUUUUAUUUUUUUGGUUUGUUUUUGAAUUUUACUAAAAAUUAAAUUUCUAUACGUUCUUCGGUUAACCUAAGCUCAAUACCUAAAAACUCCUUGAAUACUCCCAUAGCAUUUUCGUCGUCUAGAUUUUUAAAGUUUCUACACAUAUCCCUAGUAUUACCUCGCAUAUCCAAUAACGUUUGUUUCCUUUCAUAGGUCCCUUCCCUUCGUCUCCCUUUGAUUUCUCUGUUCGAAACGAAAACCUUAUGCUCUAAGAUGACUGAAAGAACGAAUGUUGAGUGUUUGGAGCUGAAAAAAAAAGACUUUGUGUUGGAUACGAAUUCUUACAAUCAGCAAUAUGCUAGUAUUUACUUUGCACGGUUAAACAAACUUAUGCCUCGUACUAUUGACGCGGCGCGCACGAAAUGGCCAAAAUACAAACAGCUGGAUCGUGUUUUGGAAGUUAAAAAAGAUCAAGUUGCUUGGAUCGUUGGUACCGUGUAUCUUUCGCUUGCCUUGAAACCCAAUGUUUUGGCAGACGUGACUUCUACACACACAAUUAAUACAGAAUUAGACGACUCUCUUUAUGUUAAUCCGAAUGAGGCAGACCCAUCAAAUAUGAAAUGUUUCAUUGAAGAUGGGUUUGGACGAGUAGAGUGUGUUUUGUCUUCAGUCAUACCCUACAACCUUGUUACAGGCGUCGUAGUGGCAGCAUUGGGCCACGAGGACGAACAAGGUCUGUUCCUUGUGCAGGAUGUAUGUACGGCUGGAAUGGGAAACAUUUCUAUUCCUCGACCACUACAAACGGAUUGCUAUAUUGCCUUAAUGAGCGGGCUAGGUUUGGCUAGCGACACCCUCGAACAUGUUCAUGUACACUUAGCAGUUGAGUUCUUACGAGGUCAGCUACCAAUGUUUGCAGAUGUGCAAGCUUCACAGAUUGCAAGGCUUCUGCUCUUAGGCAAUUGCCUCGCAUCUCCGACAGUUAUUCGUGAAAAUUUAUUGACGAAAUUAGCCAAAUCAAAAAAGAAACAACCGAAGCGUUACGGUUACGAUACCUCUCUAUACGACCCCAACCCCAUGGUGCAUACAGACAAUCUUUUAUACGAGCUUUGUUCUUCUAUUGAUGUCACACUAAUGCCUGGUGCAUUUGAUUUUUCCACCAGAGUGCUUCCCCAACAACCCCUGCACCCAGCUCUUCUGACGCGUUCCAAAGAAUGGCUUCAGUCUUCGUUACAGACAACGACGAAUCCUACCUGGCUUGAGAUAGAAGGGCGCUCCAUUCUUGCAACUAGUGGUCAAAACAUAGAGGAUCUGCACAAGUAUUAUCCUGACAACAGCCCUCUUGCGUUAAUGGAAGCCUCUUUAAACUGGAACCACAUUGCCCCAACGACUCCCGAUACCUUGUGGUGUUACCCAUUCCCAGACAAGGAUGUGUUUAUCAUUGAUAAGAUGCCUCACGUAUACAUGUGCGGCAAUCAGCCUUCCUUUGGAACAAAACCUAAUAAAACAAGCAAAUGGUGGCUACUGCCGGCUUAUCUCGGUACCUAAUUUCAGCGAAACGGGUACUCUGGUGCUGCUCAAUUUAAAAAAUCUCGAGGUUAAAACUGUAAACUUCUUGUCAGAAACUGCCAAGUAAAUUUGCAUUUUGAGAUAAAAAUAUGCUCUCGUUCGUCAUUCAUUACUCACUAAAAACUGUCACUAAAAUAAGUGACCAUCGUGCGUUUUUUUCAGAUUUAUUGUAGCGUGCGCAUCCGACACACAAGCAUGUACCAAAGUACGUUUGUCUUUAGGCACAUGUAAACGAUCAAGGAGCUCCUCUGCCUUUUGAGGAAUAACUGGUUGAAGAAAGAUUCCGCACAUACGAAGAAGUUGCGCAACGAGGUUAAUUGUGCAAGUACGUAACGAAGCAUCUGUAUCUGGA